GACAUCGCGAGACUUUUCAUGCUCUUCAGGGUGUUUGGUGGUGACUCCAUGUCCAUGGACAGGCUGCUAGUGCUCCUCGACCUCCCCAACAUAAUCCAGAGAUUGUUGGCGGAGCAGCUUGCUGCUCUUCAGAGUUUUUUCAUGGUAUCCAUACAAGAUAUGGUUCGAUCGACACUACAGACAGCGAUGCAGGGACGACAGGAAGCUCUGGUUCCUAAUGUCAUUAAUGACCCUCCUAGGCACAUGCGACAAGGUUUUCCUGAUACUGGAGGCAACACUCGAGUCAAGCUGCGGUUUGUCGAUGUUGACAGACCAGAAAAUCCACUUUUCACUGGUUGCCCAGUAAAAUGGCAGAAUGGAGAAAACCCAAAGGUGGCGAUAUUUGAAAAUAAUACGCAAAUCACGCAGGGCGAACUUUCCAAGUUGCAAAUUGAGAUCUUAGCAGUCAAUGCUGAUUUCUUUACUGAGCAAGGACAAGAAGACUUCACCAAAGAGCAAUUCAACAAGCAAAUAUAUUUGUGUAAGGGAAAAGAUUCAGUCUUAACAACUGUUAAUCUAGCAAACGGCGAGGCCUAUAUUGGCUCCUUCUUCUUUACUGAGAGCUCCCAGAGGAAAAGGUUAAGAUUGACAGCACGAGUGAAAAAACAGGAUCUUGAUGUCAGAGUUCAAGAAGCAAUUACUGAUCCUUUUGUUGUCCAAGUCAGCCGAAAUAAAGCAAAUAAAAAGAGUUAUCCUCCAUCUAAACAAGAGGCAGUACAUUGUUUGGAGAGAAUUGCUGCAGAUGGAAAACAUUGCCAGUACCUAGCUGGUAAAAGUAUUACUACGGUGAAGCACUUCAUGCGUCAUUAUCACAUAGAUAAAUCUAGUCUCCAAAAGCUUACUGACAUGAAGAACGAGAAUUGGAGUACCUUGAUUAAACAUGCCACCACGUCUGAUCCUGGGGUUGAGAUAUAUUCUUAUGGAGUUGCAGAGGAAAAUAUUGAACUUCUAUUCAAUGAUUUCUAUUAUCUUGUUGGUAUGAUGAUUGGUGGAGACUAUGUUCCUGUCAAUGAUCUUGAUCAGCUUCAGCAGCAUAAAGCGAACAACUGGAAAAAAUCUGCAUAUAAGAAAUUUGAAGAGCGGGAGAGCUCAGGGGGUCUUACCCCUGAUUACUUCAUGAACAAGAACAAUGGCCGCCCUGUCCCUGUCCGUGAAGUGCCUCUGAACAAUGAUGCAGGUCCUUCUGUACAAGCUAGAACUACGUGGCAAUAUCCUAAUGACAUGGCUGCACAACACGAAUUUGGUGAUCAACGUCCAUUGAGUGUGUUCUCACGGGCCGCAAUCCUGUCAAACAAUGAUGCUGGUCCUUCAAACCAAGAAACACUGCUGUUUCCACAGCACACGUAUGAACAGAUUCUGCAUCAAGGACUUGGUGAGCACGGUCCUUCUAUUCCACAGAAUGGAACUCCUUACUGUCUGCCCCAGGAAAAUAUCUUAAAUGAUCAGGGACAAUUUUCAGCACAGUCCACUAUUCCGCCCCGCAAUUUUUCACCGGUUCCACAGGAUGACAUGAUCACAGGUGCAAGUCUAGCUGCCCAGGGAGAGGGAACCUCUUCACUUGGCCAUGUUUUUGCUGACCUUUCCAGUGGGUUUCCUUCAGAUCAAUUCGGGGACUGCAACGGCCUGGAUCUGGAUAUAACUGAAUAUAUGAAGAACAAUGGCAUUGCACCAGCUAACAACGCAGACCUGUGGAACGCUAACGCCCCAUUUGAUGGUUAUGGACAUGAUGGUGGCAACCAGUGAUUGAUUAAACUUGAGACCACUGCAACAGGCUUAAUUUCCUCUACUAGACUCAUGAUGAUGGCAGUGUGUGAUUAAAUUAUUUGUGGUGAUUAAACAUUUCGUCUGUAAAUAUUGGUAGUGUUGCCAGUCCUAAUAGACAAUAUUGUUCAGCAACGUUAAAUUUGCUGUUGGUUGUAAUAGACAUUUGGCUUGUAUUCCUAAAAGCAAAUCUUUCAGAACAAGAACAUAUGUAACAUGUAUCGAAUACCUAGAGCGAAUAUUCAUAUUGAUUGACGAACUUCCGUCC